AUGGCUACCACCACCAACCUUCCAUUUGGCGUGAAUUCGGUCGUUCCGGAGCUGCAAAAUGUUCCUCGGCCUCGUUUGGUUGAGAAAACAGAAGCCGCGGCACCGGCGUUUUUACGUCUCUCAGAAGAUUCACGCCAAGCGAUGGCUGUGCACCUCGAGAAUGUUGGCAUUGAUCGACGUCAUUUUAAUUAUUCUGUUAAGAGCCAGCAAGAAGCCCUCGAGCUGUAUGCAACCUUGCAGCUCUACAUCCCUUCCCAGGAUGAAAGGGAUGUACAAGCAAAAUUUUCAAUUCAGAAAACUUCCAGCAAGGCCAUUGGAGGACUCGGAGGAAAGGCAGAGAAACCUGCCUGGAAACGUUGGACGCGCCAUUUUCAAUGCCAAUGCGGUGUUGACAACGAAGAAGGCAGGCUCGCGUCAAAGAAACGUCAGAUACCGUGGAAGAAUGUUGGCUGUUUAAGUUGGAUUAAGCUGGUGACCACACAUAGUGAAAUUGACGAUGGACGGCUAGUUGCCAUUGAUGAAAUUUCGGGGAUAAUUGACCAUUCUGAUGACUGUGCCUCACAGAUCGAGAUGGAACGAAAUCCAAGGGUUCAGUUAAACCCGGAACUUCAAGAGUAUGCGCUUUCUUUGCUUCGGAAAAAUGCGCCACUCAGCCUUCUGCGCUCGGAAUGCAAUGUGUAUGCGGAAGAAAAAUGGCCCGGUCAAACAGGCAACAAGCACGGUCGCUACAAGCUCACAACCCAUGAUAUGUCCUCCCUUUACUGCACAAUUUCUCGAGAGAGAGGGAUCCCUCAACGAACGGCUGCCGAGGAUAACCUUGAUAAAUGGUUCCGAGCAGAGUGUGCCCAACCACCAUCUCCCCUUCUCCUGGAAUCUUGCAUGCACUACCAGGCACAUGAAAAAUCAAAAACUGACCGCUUUGAGAUUAUUCUGUCAACAACGGAAAUGCAUACUGCCGCCUGGAAAUAUGGCCAUCAAAAACAAGUUUUGAUGGAUCUCACAUUUGGUGUCUGUUCGGCUUGCGCUUUACUAGUGAUUCUCAUGGCUCUCGAUGAAACUGGCAAAGGAAUUCCAAUUUGCUUUAUACUUUUUACUGCUCGGGAAUCUGCUCGGGCGAUGCAUGCAGAUUACAACUCUGCUCUUUUGACUCGGCUUCUGGGUUUGUUCAAGCAUGGAAUGGGCCGAAACGAUCUAGGAGAACCCUUUGACAUACAAAUUGGAAUUACGGACAAUGAUGCCCGAGAACGAUCAGCACUAUCAGCAAACUGGGACUCAAUUUUUCUUUUACUCUGCAUUUUUCACGUUUGGCAAGCAUGGCGCAAUGCACUCAACCGACAUUUACGGUCUGUUCCCAAAGGUGAAGGCCGUCAGAUUGUGCGCAAACACAUCGGACAGCUUUUGAUGAAGCUCCUCAAAGACACUGGCAUUUCCCAUCACGAUCAGGCGAUGCAGAUCUACACGGAUAAAAUAGCGCACUGGGAAAAAAUUCGGAGGAAGCGCAAUCAUCUAUCAAAGUCUCAAGCAGCAGCAGCCCUAGGUUUUCUGGAUUACCUGAGAAGCUAUGUCAAAAACGAAGCGUGCUGGCUUCCAUGGUCUCCUGCUGGUGCUACCGAGGCAGCUCGUCAACUUGGAGUUCCCAUCUCUCAAAUUGCACGUACUACAAACCCCCUCGAGUCUUUUAACGGACGUAUUAAAGGUAAGUACUACAAGCCCUACCAACAUUCAGGACGCCUCCCACGGAUAGACGUGUGGGUUCUCCUCCUGGUAACCGCCGUGAUCCCCGAUUUUUUUAAGGAAAGGCAUGGGAAACAAGAACUCGAUGGUUACUACCGAUCACUGCGAAUAAUCAAGCCACCCAUCACAUUGCAUCACCGUGCACCAUCCACUCCAUCCGCCUCAGAAAGCUUGACACCUGAAGCAGAUGUAUCAAAUUCAUCUGAAAACUCUGACGCAUCAUACCAUGACGAGCUCAUCGAAAAAUGGCUUGGUGAAUUGGAAGAUGAGUCCAACGACGAAGAACCUCAUGAUGAAAUGGUUGAGAAAUCAACUAGCAAGACCGAAUCAUUGUAUGUGAUCAAUCUAUUUCAUUCAGCUUUCCUUCCUGCACUAAUGCAACACUUUCAACAAAUUCCAAGCGUACUUACAAAAUCUCAACAUUAUGAACAACCACAUCCCGGAAACUCGCGUGGUACAAGCGUCAUGACACGCGUCGAUGAUUUCGAUCACGAUCACCCCGGCGAAGCAUGGAAUUCUUACGAUCAUGAUCGACACGAGGCUUCUGAGGCUUCUGAUCAGUCAUUUGUUUCCGGGAGUGUCAGUAGCUCUGAAGGGAUACAAGUUGGCGUUCAUUAUCAUGGAGACCGAGAAGGAUUGGAGGAUCUCAAGGACAAGCCAACCCACGUACAUCCUGCGUAUAUACGCCGCCGUCCAUCAUCAUCAUCCCUCGAUUUCGUUCCUGACUCCCUAGCGGCAUCCGACUCGGAAUACAUGUCAGACAAAGCCUUCUUCGAGUUGGACACCUCUGCCGAUUGGCAUCACGAAAACCACGCGCGCUGUCAAAGCCACGAACAACAAACCACACUCCUCGUUCUGCCCAACUCGACCUCCGACUCAAGCUAUGACCACAGCCGUAUCAACGCGAUAGGCACUGCUAUGAUGCAACUAAGAGCGGCUGAAGAUGAGAUGAUGCAAGAAAUCCAAACGGUUUUGGAUCUAUCCCCCGAAUCCGCUUCCCAGCUCGAAAAAUACAUCAGCCCAAGCAUCCGCGAGCGCCUCAAAACAUCUCGAAGCUAUGGAAAUGUCAGCACCGAGUCACUGGAAGCCCUGAGUCAAGAUGAACAUGAUACAAACGAUCAUCAAGCCGGACUUGUUCCAUUCAAGAGAGGGAAAAAGGAAGCACGGAAGGAAUCAUAUAGAAUUCAGUAG